AUGACUUCUUGGUUUUCUUGUGCAGCUAAAGACACGCUGAACACAGACUGGAACAAAUAUGAUGACAGGUUAAUGCAAGCAGCUGAAAGGGGCGAUGUGGAAAAGGUUUCAUCAAUCCUUGCCAAAAAAGGAGUCAGUCCUACUAAACUGGAUGUGGAAGGGAGAUCUGCAUUCCAUGUUGUAGCAUCAAAGGGAAACCUGGAUUGCUUGAACACCAUCCUUAUUCACGGAGUUGAUAUCACAGCCACUGAUGCUGCAGGUAGAAACGCAUUGCACCUAGCUGCAAAGUACGGACAUGCUUUAUGUUUGCAGAAGCUGUUGCAGUACAAUUGUCCAACAGAGAAUGUGGAUCUUCAAGGAAGAACUGCUCUUCAUGAUGCAGCUAUGUCAGACUGUUCCUCUAGCAUACAACUACUGUGUGAUCAUGGGGCCUCAGUGAAUUCAAAAGACGGAGAUGGGAGGACACCACUGGUGCUGGCCACUCAGAUGUGUCGUCCCACAGUUUGUCAGCUUCUGAUAGACAGAGGAGCAGAUGUCAAUGCCAGGGACAAACAAAACAGGACUGCCUUAAUGUUAGGCUGUGAAUACGGCUGCAAGGAUGCAGUAGAAGUUUUGCUCAAAAAUGGCGCGGAUGUUAGUUUGACUGAUGGCCUUGGUCAUGACUGUGCUUACUAUGCCAGAAUUGGUGACAAUAUUGACAUUUUGGCUUUAAUAAAAGCUGCCAUUGAGGAUUCCAGCAAAGCAAGAGAUACCAUGAAGAAAGGGCAGCCUGAACGAAAGAUUACUAAUACAUCACAGAAGUGGAAUCGGCUGCAUGCGCAGGAGGAGGUGAAUGUCAAGCUGUAUCAGAAGGAACAUAAUGCUCAGGAAUUGGAGUUAGAAAAUCAAGAUUUGAAAGAUCGAAUGAGAGAAGUGCAAGAGGAGCAAAGGAUGCUGCUGGAUAGAAUCAGCGGGCUACAACUGCAAUUGAAUGAGGAGCAAAUGUUUGCAGAUGAUCUUGAAAAUGAGAAAGAUGAGUUGAAGAAAAUCCUAACUACCAAGGAAAAACAGCAGGAAGAAAGCUUAAGAACUAUCGAAGCUCUCAAAGCUAAACUCAAAUACUAUGAAGUUGACUUUGUGGGAUCUGGAAGUAACUUUGGCAAUAGAAAAGAAGAUUUACUGAAGCAAGGCCAAGUGUUUGCUGUGGAAUCACAGUCUAGGUCUAUGCUGAGACCCCUGGAGCUCUCCCUGCCUAACCAAUCAUCCAGUUCAGAGAAGGAAACUUUAAAGAAAGAACUUGACAACAUGAGGACCUGCUACGGUGCAGCAAAAGAAGAAAUUAGCAAAUUGCAGAGAGAACUAUCUCACAAAGUAUCUGAAUGUAAAGCUCUGGCAUCAGAGUGCGAAAGAACCAAGACUGAAUCUGAUGGACAGAUAAAACAACUGGAAGAUGCUUUAAAAGAUGUACAGAAAAGAAUGUUUGACUCUGAAGGCAAAGUUAAGCAAAUGCAGACCCACUUUCUUGCUCUGAAAGAUCACCUGACUAAUGAAGCUGCUUCAGGAAACAGUAAGCUAACAGAGGAGCUGAAGGAUCAGUUGAAAGAAAUGAAAACAAAGUAUGAAGGAGCCUCUGCUGAGGUGGGAAAACUAAGGAACCACAUUAAGCAGAAUGAAUUGCUGGUGGCGGAAUUUAAGAGAGAUGAAGGAAGGCUAGUGGAGGAAAAUAAAAGGUUGCAGAAGGAACUUGUUAAGUUGGAGAUGGAGCGGGAUAAAAGGGGAAGAAAUGUCAUGGAGUUAGAAGGGCAGCUCAAAGAAACAGCAGCAAAGUUGGCCCACUCUGUAACUUCAGAGCAAUUUGAAAACAUGAAGAGUUUGUUAUCAAAUGAAGUGAGUGAGAAAGCAAGGAAGAUAGCAGAGAUGGAAGGAGAGCGUGAAAAACUGCAGGCGGAGAUUCUGCUUUUAAAGAGGGAGUCCGAGAGUCAGAAAGCUAAACUUGCUCAGCAUGUAAAGCUGGAAGACCACGAACAAAUGAGGAGCGGGUUUGAGAAAAAAAAUGAGGAACUCGGGAAGACAAUUUCUGAAUUAUCACAGAAGAAUCAGACUCUGCAGAAGGAACUUGAAAGACUGCAGAUCGAUAACAAGGUGCUUAAGCAGCAAAUCCAAAUGCUAAAAACUGAAAUUAAAAGCCAGAAUGUGCCUUUAAAAAUUCACGAAGAAUUGAAGAAAACAAAUGAUCUGACUGUUGGUGACCUGACCAAAAAGCUUUUUGAAAUAACAAAAAAGUACAAUGAAAGCAAAGCAGAAGCUGAAAAGUUGCUGGCAGAGAAGAACAAGUUAAGUGAGAAUGUCAGCCACUUCCAAGCUGUGUACCUGUCUCCAGAGCAGCACAAAAAAGAAGUGGAAGCUUUAAAAUCUAAUGGCAUUGAACUUGAAAAGCAGCUUGCUGAGCUUCAGAAAAAAUACGAUGAUGAACAAGCAAAAGCGUGCCAACUAGCGUCUGAAAACACAGUCAUAAGAGAGACUCUCAGGGAUCAGUAUGUGUUGGCUACAACACAUGAAGAGAUUAAAACAGUCUUGAAUAACACACUAGAAAAGACUAACAGGGAGCUGUCGGAUCUGAAGGAAAAAACUGAAGAGAUAAAGCAAGAAUUCAUGAGGGUAAAUGAAGAAAAUGGAACUUUGAAAAAUAAGGUGAAACUCUUACAGAAUCAGUUGCAAACUGAGUACCUAAGUUUAAAAGAUCAUGAAACUACAGUGACUACUUUAAAUAAAAGCAUGCAAGAAGUGCAGGAGAACAAUGCUGCGAUUAUGGCUGAAUAUAAGAGGGGUCAAGAAGAAAUUUUACAGUUGCAUGCAGAAAUUGAAGCCCAAAAGAAGGAACUUGACACGAUUCAAGAAUGCAUUAAGUCAAAAUAUGCUCCGAUUGCCUCCUUCGAAGACAGAGAGCAAAGCUUUGAAGCCACAGUGAAAGAAUUAAAAGCACAGUUGCAGGAACAGGUACAGAAAUGCAGAGAAAGUGAGGAGGAAAACAAGAAGUGCAAACAGGAGAAUGAAAAACUCAAAAAUGGUGUUCUGUCCAUCCAAAACGACUUGCAGCAGAACUAUAUCCUUGCUGAGAAGUCCCGUGAAAUGGAAAAAAUGUUUGCAAGCAAAUUGGAGGAGUUGAAUAAGCAAUUGAGAGAAUUGCUGCAGAAAUACACAGGCCGAAAAGAAGAGAGAGAUGAGCUGCAAGAGAGUACCGAGCAGCCCAUAAUUAUGCAGGUGCAGCAUCUUUCGGUAGAACAGAUUGAAGCCUUGAAGAAGGCUCUUGGUCACACUAUAGAGGAUCUAAAGGAAGCCCUCAGAAGCGAGAAGGAAUGUUAUGACAAAGAAACACGAAAAGUAGGUGAACUAGAGCAGGAAUUGUCGGAUCUAAAAAAAUCUUCAGUACCUUUAGUAGAAUACACACAAAUGAAGGAAAUGCUAGAACAAGAAAUUGUAGCAACCAAAAACAGCUUGAAAGAAAAGGAAGAAGAAAACCAAGUUAAAAAUGAGGAAAUCUUGAAGUUGCAGUCUGAGGUUCAGCUUGCUCAACAAGCUUUAACAGACCUGGAGAGCAAAGAAGUGAUUGAUGUAUCAGAAUACAAGUCCAUGAAAAGUACUCUGGAGGCCCAGAUCAAUAGCAUAGCUGAAAAUUUGUCCAAUAUGAAUAAAAAGUACGAGGAAGCAUGUGAGGAGGCUUUGCAAGCUAAAAAGAGUGAGCUUUCUUUAAAGGAUGAAAAGGAGUUGCUUCAGUUACGGAGUUGCAGUAUUGAGCAAGAAAUCAAAGACCAGAAAGAAAGGUGUGAUAAAUCUUUGACAACAAUUAUUGACUUGCAGAAGAGAAUACAGGAAUCUGCAAAGCAGGUGGAAGCCAAGGAUAACAAGAUAACAGAGCUGCUUAAUGAUGUAGAGCGGUUAAAACAAGCUCUUAAUGGCUUGUCUCAACUUACUUACACCACUGGGAUUCCCUCAAAGAGGCAGAACCAGCAGGUUGAAAUGCUCCAGAACCAAGUGAAAACACUGCAACAACAGCUAGCUGAUGCUAAAAGGCAGCAUCAAGAGGUAGUUUCAGUUUAUCGGACGCACCUCCUUAGUGCUGUGCAGGGUCACAUGGAUGAAGAUGUCCAAGCUGCUUUACUACAGAUCAUCCGAAUGAGACAGGGACUUGUUUGCUGACGUGCUUAGUGCCAUUGCUCUUGAAGGCUGCUGCAUCUUGUAGGAGUGCUGUGAUUUACGGUAGUGAUAACCUUCAUGAGAUUUAUAUAAUUAUGAUAAUAUAGCUGCAAUUAGAACCUCCAAAUAUGAAACAACUUACAAAGCUGAAAUAUUUUCUUCUUGUAAAACACUAAAAUAGGGCUACUGAGUUUCAGGUCUGACACUUCUUUCAUUAGAUUAAUAAAAGAUGUAGAAUGUGUUUUAAAACUGGUAUGCAAGUUGACUGUCAAAAUGAUGACAUAGUAGUUAAGUUAUUUUAAUGUCUGAUUGACCACUUACUAAAGCAAGGCCUAUACCCAGAAACUCCAGUUUAUCCUAUAAUUUAAACUCUAAUGGUAUGGUUAAAAAUAAACUACGUUCAAAUGA